AUGCAUCAUGGACUCGCGACCUGCUCCACCACCGCCGCCGCCGCCGCAUCCGCCGCCUCCUCCACCGCCGCCUCCUCCGCCACCUCCGCCGCCUCCGCUCCCUCCGCCACCACCGCCGCCUCCUCCGCCUCCACUGCUGCCGCCGCCGCCACCACCCCCACCACCACUCCCACCACCACCCCCACCCCCUCCACUGCCUCCACCGCCACCUCCACCGCCCCCGCUAGCCCCUCCUGUUCCCUUGCCCCCCUUGCCCUUGCCGGUGCGGCGUCUCCCGCUAGGGGCAGACGCAGCGCCGACCUCGUAGAAACCAACGAGGUCGGCAGCAGCAGAAGAAGCAAUAGAGGGCAAGAGGGGGGAGGGGCAACACCUCUCAAAGACGAGGGUGCGAGGGUCACCACGAGAGGCUCCUACAUCGACUAUGCUCGUCUCUGCUGCUAG